UUCGCAUUUCAUUGUUUGGCGCAACGAGAGCCAGUGCGCACGCGUGUCUUUGGCCUUAAAAAACGUUACUUUUACCGCGCUUUUAUAAUUGACGUCUGUUGAAUAUUCGAUAUUAUUUUUAAAUACAGAUAAGUGACUUUUUAAUAUAACUGUUACUUUUUUUAAAUUCCGUAGUGAAGUUAUAUGUAAUCAAGUGAAUGGCUCCAUUUAUUGUUCCUAAGGUGAUAGUGAAAUAAGUAAAAUAAAACUAGUGGCAAUGACUGGCUAUACGUAAAACGGGAAAAAGUGUUUCUGUAAAAACGAAAAACAAAAUUUAAGAAAUAAACAUGGAGAAAGUUGUUGAUACACCUCCCAUUAAAAAGGACUCUGACGCGUACAGCUCAAAAAUUGAGCUCGCGUAUAAUGGUUCCAGAGAAGAUUUGGACCCCUACGUGCCUGCUGACCACAGACCGUUGGAAUCUAAUACAUCGAGUUUCGGAGCGUUAGCGCAUUUAUUGAAGGCAUCUCUCGGAUCUGGAGUUUUGGCGAUGCCGCUCGCAUUCAAAAAUGCGGGUCUUCUUGUUGGAGUUGUCGGAACUAUGAUCAUUGGAUUCAUUUGUGCGCAUGUCAUUACCGUUUUGGUCAAAACAUCACAGCAGCUCUGCGUUGAAAUUAAAAGGCCGUGCUUAGGAUACGCGGACACGUGCGACUUGGUAUUUCAGAACGGGCCCACCUCCGUCAGAAAAUAUGCACCUUACGCCAGGGAGCUUGCUGACUGGGCACUGGCUGUCACUCAUUUAGGAGCGUGCUGCGUUUACGUUGUGGUUGUCGCAGAAUCGUUUAAACAAGUAUCAGAUGUAUACGGUGGCCCAAAUUGGUCAGUUACGGUGUUCUGCGCUUUAACGUUAGUUAUAUUAAUACCGUUGACUCAAAUCACAAAACUCAAGUACUUAGUGCCGUUCUCGGCGAUGGCAAACUUUGUAUGGCUAACUUCAAUAUGCAUUUCAAUAUAUUAUUGCCUGAGAUCGCCUCCUUCAUUAUCAUCAAGGAAUCUGUCAACGUCGAUUUCUGGUUUACCUAAUUUUAUAAGCACAAGUUUAUUCGCUAUGGAAGGUAUCGGUGUAGUUAUGCCGAUAGAGAAUGAAAUGACCAAACCUCAUCAAUUUUUGGGCUGCCCGGGCGUGUUGAACAUUGCCAUGACAGCCGUUGUUGCUUUAUAUGCCUUCGUUGGCUUUAGCGGUUAUUUAAAUUUUGGAGAAGGCGUAAGAGGGAGCCUGACACUCAAUUUACCUCAAGAUGAAAUAUUAGCACAAACAGCGAAAAUAUUGGUAGCAUGCGUGAUGGUGUUAUCGUACGCUUUAAUAUUCUACGUGCCAGUGGAUGUGAUCUGGAGACGCUUACAGGAGAAAAUUCCCGCUAGAAGUCAUCGAUGGGGCAUGGCUGGAUUGAGAUUAUUUGGAACUCUAUUUACAGUCGGUCUAGCAUGUGCAAUCCCGAGACUAGAACUCUUUAUGGAAUUAGUGGGCGCUGUAUGUCUAUCUAUAAUGGGCCUUUCACUUCCUGCUAUCGUGGAAACAGUAUGGAGAUGGGGCAAAGAUCUUGGACCUUACCAUUGGAUCCUGUGGAAGAACUGCCUAAUUGUAUUAUUUUCUUUAGUAGCUUUAGUGUCUGGAGUGACGUUUUCAAUAAAAUCUAUGAUUGAUAAUUUGUGAUAUAAACGAUGGCUGUGUAAAUAAUUUAAACGAUAUAUUUAUACUUUUAUUUUAAGUUUGUUUGAAAUAUAUGAUAAAUGUUCCGUAAGCAAUUACA